GCAUUUCGAAUGAAAUAUCUGUUGCCUAGUCAUAGAAAAUCAACAGUCGCAGUCGAAACCCAAAAAUAAUACUGGUUGAAACUGAAAUAUAACUCGUAAAUAUAAAGUUGAGUACUCGUCACCGAUUUGCACACGUUAAAAGGUCUUCAAAACAUUUCCAGAAAGAAGAUGUCGGAUAUAACUUUGGAUUAUGAUUUUAAAGCUGAGAAUUUGAUUGCUUGUGGAAGAACGACUAAAGAAGCUAUAGGAGAAGUAAGAAACUGGAUACUAAGCCUACAGGAUGAAUAUGUACCACGUACAUUACAAGAUGAAAUAAUCGUACUCUUCUUAUUAUCAUGUGACAAUGAUGUGGCAUUGAGUAAAAAAACAAUUAUAAACUUUUAUUCUUUGAAGAAACAUGCACCUGAACUUCAUGACAAUAGAGAUCCGUCCCGAAAUGAUAUCAAAUUAGCUUUAGAAAUUGUACAUAUGUCAAGCAUACCAGUACGAACAAAUGACAAUUCUGUAAUCCAUUAUUUCCAUAUUCACGAUACAAACUACAAAAAGUUCGAACUGAUCCCUAUACUGAAGUUGACAUAUAUGUUAAUCGAUAUUUCUCAAGAAAAAAAUCCUCCAGAUGGUCUAAUAGCAGUUCUUGAUCUAAAAGGGAUUACUUUGAUGCAUUUUCUUAAAAUCAAAGUAUGGGUUUUGAAAAAGUAUCUACAAUUUCUCGAAGAAGGAAUGACCAUGAAAAUUAAAAGUAUCCAUAUUCUGAAUUCAGCUUAUAUUAUUGAUAAAUUAAUGGCAAUUGUUAAAAGUAUGGUAAAGAACGAAUUUCUAAAUAAGAUACACAUUCAUCAAUCAGACCUAGAACAGGAAGUAUUGUUUCAGUUAAUACCAAAGAAAUGCUUGCCAAAGGAAUACGGUGGAGAUCUCCCAUCUAAAUACGAAUUGCAUCAAAAAACAAUAGAGCAGUUUAAAAGGAAACAGUAUUUUUGGUAUGCCGAAGAGCAGUUACGAAAAUCAGCUCACAGAGGAUAAGGGCUCCAUUAAUUUAGAAAUUCUUCAUCACAAUAUGACUGCCUCAUUAAAUAGAUGAUAUGGUUGGGAGAAUAGAAUAAACUCGAGCCUUUAAUUAAUAAUAAAAUUUUAUUCAAACUUACAGAUUAUCAUUUUAUCUAUUAUUACAAUAGAUAGGGUGCCCCGCAGAAGAGACGGCAUAGAGUAGAGGCGUAUAGGGGAGCCCAAAAUAUAGCGAUAGGAAGAAAUAUGUGGUUCAAACUGUCCAAUAUCCCGAUUGUGCUGUAAGUGCCGAAGGUUGCAAACAUACUAUCUUGGAAGAAUAAGUAAUUUUUAUUGGUCGAAAUAAACUGUUGGACAAAAAUCUUUCUUUCCUAGCCAUAUUUGGGUUUGCAGGAAAGCUCGUUUUAUAUGCUGAUGAGAAUGGACUGUUGGAACAAGGGAUGAAAGCACCGCAUUAUUUCUAGUCGCCGACUCAAUGAAAGGCUAAUAACGCAUGUUUUCUAUCAAGGCUGACAUAUCGUCAACAUAUUUUAAUUCACAUAUAUGUACAUCUUUCGCUAAUCCAUAAUGUAACACAUUACAAUAUAAACUAUCUUCUAAAAUUUCGUUAA